AUCCAGAAACCACAUAAAAAUAUGCAUUAAAGUGAAACCGUGUUCGAAAUCUCUUGGAUUCAUUUAACAUCAUCAUCUUCUUCAUCCUCUAUUUAAUCACAAACAACGACAUCACAUUACAACAACUACCAAAUCCAGCUGUUAUCUUUGUCUCUCUUUCACACUCUCUUUUUCUAGUUUCUAGUUUUCAGCUUCCUUGUCUUCAAUGGCAUUUAAGCCUCCUUUUUUGGGCCAAGCUUCUAACUGAGACUGGUUAGUGCUUGUAAGUUUGAAACCCUUUUAUUCCUUCUGGUUUUAUUUCUGGGUUUAGAUUGCCGGUAUGCAGUUUUUUGUGUGCCAUUUCUUGCUGUUAUUUAGCUUCUCUGCGUCUUUGCAUGCUGUGUUUUGUUUGAAUAGUGAUGGGGUGGCUCUGUUGUCACUCUUCAGGCAAUGGACCUCUGUGCCAUCUUCCUUAAGUUCGAGUUGGAAUAGUUCAGAUUCCACUCCAUGUAAAUGGGUUGGUAUAGAAUGUGAUAGUAAAAAUAAUGUUGUCUCUUUUAACCUCACGGGUUAUGCAAUUUCUGGUCAGCUUGGACCUGAAAUUGGUCACUUGAGACAGUUGGAGACUAUUUUUUUGAGUACUAAUGAUUUCUUUGGUAAUAUACCAGAAGAACUAGGCAAUUGUAGUGCACUUAAGAACUUUGAUUUGUCUUCUAAUAGAUUCACUGGUCAAAUACCUGGUAACUUCAAGUACUUGCAAAAUUUGGGGUUCUUGAGUUUGUUUAGCAAUUCGUUAGAUGGUGAAAUACCCGAAUCGUUGUUUCGAAUUCCAGGUUUGCAGGUUGUGUACUUGAAUGAUAACAAUUUCAAUGGUUCAAUUCCUAGGAAUGUCGGUGACUUGAGUGAGGUUGUGACCUUGUGGUUAAAUGGAAAUAGGUUAUCUAAUACCAUUCCAGAGUCUAUUGGGAAUUGUAGUAAAUUGCAAGAGCUUUAUUUGAAUGAUAACAAUCUAGUGGGUGUUUUGCCAGAGAGUCUAAACAAUCUUGAAAACCUUGCUUAUUUAGAUGUUAGCAAUAACAGUCUUAUUGGUAGCAUCCGUUUAGGUUCUGGCAACUGCAAGAAUUUUGAUACUUUGGUUUUGUCAUUUAACAAUUUUAGUGCGGAGAUUCCACCAGGUUUGGGCAAUUGUAGUAGCUUAACAACUCUAGCUAUUGUGGGUAGCAACUUAACAGGCACUAUCCCAUCUUCCUUUGGCCUACUAGAUAAGCUUUCUUAUCUUGACCUUUGUGAAAAUCAUUUGUCCGGGAAAAUUCCACCAGAAUUAGGGCAGUGUAAGUCCUUAGAAACUUUGAGGUUAUACACAAACCAACUUGAAGGUAAAAUUCCAGAUGAGCUAGGGAUGCUGAGUAAUUUACAGGAUCUUGAACUUUUUUCCAACAAUCUAACCGGUGAGAUUCCACUUAGCAUUUGGAAAAUUUCUAGGCUUGAGAAUCUUCUUGUGUAUAAUAACUCUCUUUCUGGGGAGCUACCUUCAGAGUUGUCUCAACUCACAUAUCUGAAGAACAUUUCAUUGUAUAAUAAUCAGUUCUCUGGGGUCAUACCUCAAAGUCUUGGGAUCAACAGCAGCUUAGUGCAGGUAGAGUUUACCAAUAAUAAGUUCACUGGUGAAAUCCCACCAAACCUUUGCUUUGGAAAGCAAUUAAGAGUUCUUAAUAUGGGUCUCAAUCAAUUUCAUGGCCGCAUUCCUUCUGACGUCGGUAGUUGUUCGACUCUCAAGAGACUUAUCCUCAAAGAGAAUCGCUUCACAGGGGUUCUCCCUGAAUUUUCCAAAAAUCCGGUUCUCUUUCACCUGGAUAUCAGUAAAAAUAACAUCACAGGUGCUAUUCCAGUGAGCUUGGCGAACUGCACUAAUGUUGCUUCAAUUGUUCUUUCUGGGAACAAGCUUACAGGGCUUAUACCUCCAGAGCUGGGAAACCUAGUAAAUCUUGAGAAGUUGAAUCUGUCACACAACCAUUUGGAAGGUUCUUUGCCACCUCAGCUAUCACAUUGUGCAAAACUAGAAAUUUUGGAUGUGGGAUUCAAUUCGUUGAACGGUUCUAUUCCAUCCAGUUUGAGCAGCUGCAAAAGUCUAUCCACUUUGAGUUUAAGAGAAAACCACUUUAGUGGGGGCAUUCCAACUUUUUUACCAGAAUUGGAGAAUCUUAAAGAUCUACAAAUUGGUGGUAAUCAGUUGGGAGGCGAGAUUCCAUUAUCUAUUGGAGGUUUACAGAGUCUGCAAUAUGUUCUGAAUCUCAGCAAUAAUGGCUUAACAGGUCAAAUUCCUUCAGAGUUGGGGAAUCUGAUGUAUCUAGAGCAACUGGAUAUAUCUAACAACAGCCUGACAGGAACAUUGGCUCCCCUCGGUAAAAUCAAAUCACUAAUGGAGGUCAAUGUUUCAUACAAUCUCUUCACAGGUCCAAUACCAGAGUCACUGAUUAAGUUGCCAGACUCAUCUCCAUCAUCUUUCUUGGGAAAUCCCAGUCUUUGUGUCAAUUGUCUUUCAUCAGGUAGCAUAACUUGUUUUGGGAAUAGUUACUUGAAGCCUUGUUAUCAUCAUUCAAGCAGUCUGAGAGGCCUUAGUAGAAUUGCAAUUGUUUUAAUUGUCCUUGGAGCCUCACUGUCUCUUGUUUUCAUGCUGCUUGGACUGGUUAGUCUGUUUCUAUUGCGAAGAAGAUCGAAGCAAGAACUUGAGAUCUCUGCUGAAGAGGGACCAUCUUCCCUACUCAUUGAAGUCAUGAAGGCUACUGAGAAUCUGAACGACCGUUAUAUUAUUGGGAAGGGAGCUCAUGGAGUUGUUUACAAGGCGUCAUUGGGUCCAAACAAAGUUUUUGCUGUUAAGAAGAUUGUAUUUGGAGGGCACAAGGCAGGAAGCAUGAGUAUGAUUAGAGAAAUCGAAACUGUUGGGAAAGUCAGGCACCGCAAUCUGGUAAGAUUCGAAGACUUUUGGUUGAGGAAGGGCUAUGGUUUAGUAAUGUACAGGUACAUCGAGAAUGGAAGUCUUCAUGAUGCCUUACAUGCAACCAAUCAACCGCCAAUUUUAGAAUGGAAUGUUCGCUUCAAGAUAGCAAUCGGAAUCUCCCAUGGAUUGGCUUAUCUCCAUCAUGACUGUGAUCCUGCUAUAGUGCACCGAGACAUCAAGCCACAGAAUAUACUUUUAGACUCUGAGAUGGAGCCUCAUAUAUCUGAUUUCGGAAUUGCUAAGCUCCUGGACCAGUCUCCUUCUUCAACAUCAUCAUCAAUCUUAGUUCAGGGCACAGUUGGUUACAUUGCACCAGAAAAUGCAUUUACGACUAAAAAGAGCAGGGAGUCUGAUGUAUAUAGUUACGGGGUUGUUUUACUUGAAAUGAUAACGAGAAGAAAACCAAUGGAUAUAGAUAUUGUGGGGUGGGUUAGUUCUGUGUGGAGCAACACCAAAGAAAUCAAUCAUAUUGUUGAUUCAAGCCUUAAGGAGGAAUUUCUGGAUUCAAAUAUCCGGGAACAAGUAAUUGUCAUACUUUCAGUAGCUUUGGAAUGUACCAACAAGGAGCCAAACAACAGACCUGAUAUGAGAGAAGUUGUCAAACGAUUAUCGACCAUGAAUCCGCCAGGCCCCAACGAAAAGCAAAUGCAGCUAAGUCUUUAGAGUUUCUAACUCGGUGUUAGUAGUGACCUUGCCUAAUAAAGUUUAGCUUUUUAUUAUGUGUUUACAUCCUCUAAAUGUUGUAGUCAUAACCAUGUACUAGAGAUUUGAUGCAACAGAAAUAAAACUCUCUCUC